AUGGAUCUAUCAAAGAUUUUAGAUGCAGAACCAGAGCCAAAUAUUAUUUUGGAUCUUAUUAAAAAAAACCCCACUCAUUUCAAAUCCAGCAGUGGUGUUAAUACCACUUAUAAAGGAAAACAAAAAAAAGAAUUAACCUCCAUCAAUGCAACAAACAAUAACGCCUUUUCAAAUCAAGAUUACUGGUUGCCUGCUCCAAUGUGUCAGUACCAAUGUGAAUUAACAGACCAAAUCGUAUCACUUCAUUAUUCUGAUAUUUUAAAAUUUUUCAAAUGUGGUAUUUCCUCCUCAGAUGUUAUUCGCCAUUCAAUGAAUACCAUGUUGGAAAAUUCCAAAUUGGUAGCUCUUCAUCCUUACUUAUUAGUUACUCACCAAUUACCAAGAUCUUUAAUCACAAAAGAUGUUCCUGGCCAUAUAUGCCAAUUAAGCGGCGAGUUCCAAGUCUUGAAGGAUUUAAUUGGAUUGAUUUCAAAAUUCGAAACAAACACCGCACUUUGUUGUAAUGCCAAAAUCAGUGAAAAGUGCAUCGAUUUAAUUGAAGCUUUACUUUUAGGUAGCAAAGUCAAUAUAAAGAGAUAUGAUGGCAAAAAUUCUAUCAAACAUAACAAAAAAAAGAGCUCUUCAUCGUCUCCUCCUAUCCAGAAUAAUAGUGCUAGCAGCACUAGUGGCAGUAAUAGUAAUAGUAGCAGCAAUGAUGUCAACAGUAGCUCGUGCAAUAAUAUCAGUUCUAGUAAUUGUACAAGCGAUAAUUUCUCCUGCACAGUCCAUAUCUUCCCCACUGACGCAGAGGAAAUAUUAUGCAAAAAAUUGGAACUGCAAUAUGGUACCGACUUUUAUUUUGAUAUAUUAAUAUCCUUAGAUUCUGAUUUAGAUUUAAAUAAAAGUGUAUUUUUCAGUAAAUUGCUGUCUUUAAAUAGACAAAUAAAGGCUCCAGUUGUUCGAAUAACAACAAUAAAUUCAGUGGAUCAUGCUAGUUUAUAUUAUAGAAAACUUUUUAAUAAAGAUGCAGAGCCAGAGAGAUUUCUAAGAGAUGUCGUGUCUGCAACUGUAAUAUUGAGAGACUGUGUUGGUGUAUUACCACCAGAUUUAAAACCAGUUUUCACCACAAAUUUGCAAUACUUGGAUGAGUGGGUAAACCAACCUUCAUUACCAUGGCCACUACCGGACAUAUAUCCAAUUAGGGAAUUUUCUCCUAUAGAUAUAGAAGGAUCGUUACUAACAGAGGUUCGUCAUAAUGGGUCUUACUCUUCUUCUUCAGUUUCUAACAACAACCAUAAUACUUCGAAAUAUACAUAUGCAUAUGAUAAAAGGCCUGAUAAUCUAGUCACUGCAAAAAUUCAUUUGAAUGAUAAUGACAAAUACUAUGUCAAUAAACGUUGCAAAAAUGAUUACUCGACAAACCCAUUAAUAAGGCAAAACAUGUCGUAUUUAACCGGUAUAUCAAAUACAGACAACAAAUACUAUUUGAACUCAAAAUUUUUAACACACGAGCUAAUAACUACGAUAUCUAACACAUAUAAGGCUAUAGGUAUACAAAAUUUAAAAAUCAAAUCUUUUGAAAAAACGAAUGCUUUGGAAAAUGGGCAUGUUAAGUACUAUGAAGAUGAGCUGGCUAAAAUCACAGAAAAAGUAAAUAAGACAAGGGAAAAAUUAGAAACAAACAAAACCGACUGUAAUGAGUAUUUAAGAGAAGAAGAGGAAAUUAGGGAAAAAUUGCACCUAUAUGGGAAACAUAAAGUACCACAACAUAUACUUUUAGAAGAAGAGUUAACUAAACUACAAAAGUCUUUAGAGGCUAAAAAAAGUGAAAAAGUAUAUAUUUCCGUAGAACUAAAUAGAGCACGAGAAUUAAACAAAAAUAAUAAAGAGCAAAUCUCAAAACUCAAACAUGAUUUGGAUAUACACAGAAUCAAGUUCCAGGAACAACUAAAAAAAGAUAUUCAAACCCAGAGGGAAGUAGAUGAAGAAUCUAAAAAAUUACGUCAAAAAAUAAUAUCUUUAAGGGGAAAAAAUUUAAAGUAUCAUUCUAAGUUGGAAGAAAUCAAUCAUAUUAUCAGAGAAAAGCCCAUUGAGCGUAAUAUCAGGUCAUCUAGUAAAAGGAGAAGAAGAAGGACUUAA